CUGAAAGCUGAAGAUUUCUCAACAGAACAUCCAGUUUGGUUUCGAGAGAGAGAAAUGCAAUCACGAAAGAGUUGGCAGACUGAGCGAAGCCGGCCGGCCGGUUCAUUUCUUUUUCCUCUCUCCGUAAGGGAAGCCUGCCAGCUUAUAGCCUAGCCUAGUCUAAGCUAGAUUCUUUACCUGGUUGUUGCCAUUCCAUUCUUCCUGCCCGACUCUAUAGCUUCACUUUUUUCUUUUUUUUACUACCAUCCUCUUUUUUUGUAUCUUCCUCUCAUUUUAACUUUCAUUCUGACAUUUCAGAAGAAAGAACUGGGAGAAUAAAUAGGGAUUCGCUUCUGCAGAGCACUACUACUACAACAGCCUUUCUGCCUUCAUCGUCAUAGCACCCAAUAUUCCACCGUCUCCACCAUUUGGUUUCCUCUUUGGUUGGGUGAUCUCUCAACUUAUUUUCUCUCUCUCUCUCUUCCCAUUUCCCUUAUUUAUUCCGUUUGCCAGCGAUCAUCGCAGCAUAAUGGAUUGGGUUCCAUUUUAACUUGACGGCAACUCGAUAAUUUUGAUCUCAUUGUGGAACACUUUCUUCUCGUUUGAAACUAUGAAAAAACAGCCGUGCGCUGUAGGAUUCAGUCGGACUAAAACCUGAAGGGAAUAUUUUUUGUCGAAAAAACCCCCCAAAAUACAGGGUGAAGAAGAAAAAACCCGAGACAACUAAACAGUAUAUAUUUAUAAAUAUAAAUAUAUAUACCAGCUACUUUUUAAACGACUUGAUUCUGGUAUUUAGAAGAAACACAAACCCCGUUGCUCGAAUUUCAUAAGAGAGGUAAACAUGCCAUUGGAGAAUAAACCUCUUCCAAAGGAACCUGACAGUAAAGAAGAGAAGAAGAAGAUGAAAGUUCCAAAAGGCAACAAGAUAGCCAAAAUCAAGGAAAAUGAAAAACCAGUUAUAUCACACCCCUCGAACUUCGAGCACACCGUUCAUGUCGGCUUCGACCCUCACACAGGAGAAUUUACUGGCAUGCCAGAAUCCUGGGCGAAGUUAUUACAAAACUCCAAUAUAUCUAAACUGGAACAGAAGAAAAACCCACAGGCUGUCCUCGAUGUACUUAACUACUACGAUAACUCUACAAAAGAGAAAAAAGAAUCCAAAUAUAUGCAUAUUAAACAGUCGAGUAGUACAUCCUCAGGUUCAAGCUCAAGCUCUGUUCGACCAAGCUUCUCAGACAAAUUUGGAACCACUCAUGUGAUAUGUCCUAAAACUGAAAACUCAGCUCCCACUACUCCUGAGGAGGAAGAAGAGGAAGAGGAAGAGGUACCUCCUCCAAUUACUACCAGACCUGAUAAAACAAAAUCUAUUUAUACUAAACCAAUUGAGCCUGAAGACAAGACCAAUGGUGCUACACAAGGUGGUCAGAAGGAGAAGCCGAAGAAGAAGAAGAUGAGUGAUGAAGAAAUUGUAGAAAAACUGCGGACCAUAGUAACUAUAGGAGACCCAAAUAGGAAAUAUACAAAAAUGGAAAAAAUUGGUCAAGGUGCGUCAGGAACUGUUUUUAUUGCUAUAGAAAUUGCAACUGGUCGGGAAGUUGCUAUUAAAACAAUGAAUCUUUCUCAGCAGCCGAAAAAAGAACUUAUUAUCAAUGAAAUCCUCGUUAUGAGGGAAAACCAAAAUCCAAAUAUUGUAAACUAUUUGGAUAGUUAUUUGGUUGGUGAAGAGUUGUGGGUGGUGAUGGAAUAUCUUGCUGGGGGUUCAUUAACAGACGUUGUCACAGAAACCUGUAUGGACGAAGGUCAAAUAGCAGCUGUCGGACGAGAGUGUUUGCAAGCCUUAGAAUUUUUACAUGAAAACCAAGUGAUUCAUAGGGAUAUAAAAAGUGAUAAUAUACUUCUUGGCAUGGAUGGCAGUGUGAAGUUAACUGACUUUGGCUUUUGUGCCCAGUUAUCUCCAGAACAAAGUAAAAGGUCUACUAUGGUCGGGACCCCAUAUUGGAUGGCCCCUGAGGUGGUUACACGAAAACAAUACGGUCCAAAAGUUGAUAUUUGGAGUUUAGGGAUAAUGGCUAUUGAAAUGAUUGAAGGAGAACCACCUUAUUUGAAUGAAAAUCCUUUAAGAGCACUGUACUUAAUAGCAACAAAUGGUAAACCAGAAAUCAAAGAGAAACACAAGUUGUCACCGGUCUUCCAGGAUUUCUUGGACAAAUGUUUGGAGGUUGAUGUUGAUAAACGGGCAUCAGCAUCAGAAUUACUUAAGCAUUCUUUCCUCCGUCUAGCCAAGCCACUGGCUAGUCUAGUGCCACUAAUAAUGGCUGCAAAAGAAGCACAGAAAACACAUUGAGAGAACAUGUUAUAAAUUAUGGAAUUACAAUCCAGUGACAUGACAGUGAAGGAAAUAUAACAGAAGACAUAGAAUGAUAAAGUGCGUACCUUUGCUGUGUGCUUGGUUGUUGUGUUCUGGCCACUCCACGGGACUGUUUUACUCCCCUUCCUCAACACAUCACACAUACAGCAACACAAAAUAUGGAGAUGUGUUCACUUCAAAUGUAACAUCUUAGCCACAUCUACAAUAUAUAUGCUGGUAUUUGCUUUUGUUCUCUUCCAGUGGAAAGAAGACUACACACACAUACACAUACAUUCUUAACACCUUCAUAGAUGGCAUAUACAUACACACACAUACAAUAAACAAUAAUUAUAUAGUGCUACUUCACAUUUCUAUCUCUUCUUCAUCACCUCAUGACAGACACAAACACACUCACAUGCAUACUUUUGAGAGGAGUUAGAAAUAUUAUUUUUUUUCUAUACAGUAAACUGAAUGACUUGUGACAACAACUCAAGUUUCAUGCUCGAGAGAAGAUAUUUGAUUUGGUUUACACUAGAGCCUCCUCACCUGCUUCAAAGUCUGAGUUAUUGCCCCUGCCACAAUAUUUUCACUUAUUCGCAGAUACUGUGUUUUGUGAUUUUUUUUUUCUUAAAAUUACCACCAGCCAUUUUGUGGUAUGCAUUAAGAUAAGCUGAUGAUUGAAGGUGAGCAGGUUCUAGAUUAACCCGAACCAAGUAAAUUUUUUUUCACUUGAACAUGAAACUUGAGUUGUUUUCAGAACUCACACACACACACACAUACAUAUAUAUAUACACACACAUUACAUAUUUAUCAUACAUACAUUAUAUAUACAUUAGUAUAGUAGUUUUCUUCUAUCUUGCUCCUUUGUUUUAUUUCUAUGUCAUUUUUAUAUUUAGUUAUUCAUUUUUUUUAUUCUUGUCACAAACUCAAAUCAAUUUUAGCAGAUAACAAAGUCACAUCUGCUGGUCAUCUUUAUAAGAUGUUCUUCUGAUCAUGAAAUUUGAAAUCAUCUUCACUGACUAGAUACCAGGUCUAAGAUAGUUUUCUUCAGUUGUUUUCUUUUUAUUUACACUGCCAGGGUUUUUUUUUUUUUUUUUUGAAAUUUCACUAUUACAAUUAUAAUAUUCCUCUCGCGAUUUCCAAUUUCCACUCGAAGAAACGAACAGUCUCAAAACAAAACAAUUUAGUGAUGCCAAAAUUUAUUUAAAAUACAAAUGACACGAUAAUGUGAAUAGAGACUGUUUUUUAUUUUUUUUUUGAAAUUUUUUUUAAAAAUCUGCUUUGAAUUUGUAGGUUGUGUCUGGCCAAAAUAUUGUGUGAAAUUGUCCUACUUAUAACCUUGAUGAUGAUGAUAACGACGACGACAAUGAAGUAUAAUCUUUUUUUUCCUGUCCCCCACCACCCCUCUUCUUUGGAAUCAUAUUCACACAAACAGUGAAAUUGUCGUAUUUCAGAAUAUACACCAAAUCAAAGCCAUCAACUGAAAUGUAAGAGUUGAGUGGUGGUGGUGGUGGUGGUCGGGGAGGGGGGCAUACAAUCUCACUUUCUGGUAGGGAACUUGGUGGGCGUUUCUGUACGAAAGUAAAUCGAAAUUUCGUAAUACUCCUUUGUUUUGCAGGGAACAAAGCCUUAUUACCGAGACUGUCCAUAAAUUUCUUGAAAAAUAAAUACAAAUAAGCUCCAAAGAUAGCUCAAUUAUCCACGAUUGAAAAAUUACCAAAAUUGUUAUUUUCUGUGUACAGUGCAAAUGGACUCCAUUACGAAACAAAAACAAAAAGAUAAUUGAACAGUUUAUUGGAACCAAGCUUUAAGAAUAAAGAAUAAAGCUUGGUGCAGUGAUCUGAGAUCUCAAACAUUUUAACAAAAUAAAACAGAAAAAAAAAAGGGGGUCAAGGUUUUAAC